AUGACCCCAUCGCCAUUGCGCGAAGCUAUGGACGGCGUGAUAGAGCAAUUGGACGCUCUAGGAAUGCCUCGAGACCCGACACCGGACCCAGCAUUGGACCCGUGGUCACCCGAGUCCUUCAAUAUGGUCAAUGACCGUCAACGAAGGAAGAUUACUUACCAGCGACCCCUGACAUCCAUGGGAAUAGCACAGCAGGACGAAGGAUACGAGACUUGGAGCGGUGGAUCCUCGCGCGAUCAAUCCUAUCAGAACGGACAGAGCGGACACCGAGAAGACAAAGAGCAACUGCCUCAACUCAGUAAUUACGUCGAGCGUAUGGAAAGCCGUCUAAAGAAAAUGCAUCAACACAGCGCAAGCAUGGCUGACCUUGAGGACGAGGGACCGAAGCCGCCCCCGAAAGGCGCACUUUACGAGAGACCGAAAUCAUCCAUGGGCGGACCGGAGGAGAGGAAGCUUCGAGGGCGGAAGUCGGCUUACGAUAUUGGCCGGAACGUACUGAACAGGACUUUUACGACGAAGACCAACUCAACCAGCGCAUCGUCCGGCAAUCAGAGCUCGACGACCCAGAGCAGCGACAGGAGUUUAAUGAGUGGAUCCUCAGCUGGCGCCAUUAGCGCUACAAGCGCCGGCAGCUUUGCUCGGAAGACCCAGAAGCGUGCUCAGAGUGCCCUUGGGAUGCGUGAUGCUGAUAUCGAACGACCGGAGACUCCCUUCACCGGGGUCACUUACCACAGCAGCCACGCAUCCGAUGUGGCUCGUCCGAAAUCGCAAGCUGGCUUCCUCGAGGACCCAGGGCUUGGAGGGCUCGUGACUCCAAAGCCCGCCAAAAGAAGCAUUUUCAAGAAGCUUCUCGACACAGCCAAGACCGGAGUCGCCUCCGGACGCAGUAGUAUUGCCAUGGGUGGUGACUCGCCCAGGUCGUCUCCUUUCGCUCGCUCUAUGCCCAACGUCGCUUCCCCCGCUGGAAAUGCCAUCUCCAACAUUACCGGUAUGGGAAGCACUGGCUUCGGUAGGGAAGCAGCCAGGGAAAUGGGUAUGGCGAAUGGAGUCGACUGGGUGCAGGUCCGCAGAGAUGUCAAUCGAUCCAACUCUCUGAGCAAAAACGAACGAAAUGAACGAAGAGAUCGCUGUCAGAUGCUUGAUUACCCAGCCCUUAACCCCGUCGACGAGCUCUAUGACGGCAUUGAAGGUGACGAGGGCGCCGACGGCUCACCAGUCGAAGAUCCCAUUGAUUAUCAGGCAUUGAACCUCACCCAAGUCGACAAGAACUCGAGAUUCAUUAGCAGCCUACCACCAAUGACAACCGCAGUAUCUCUGGCGACGACCUACGUAUGUCGCCCGUACCGUAGCGAUGUCCAGCGAAUGCGAGCAAUCUUUACCUGGGUGUCCGAGAAGAUCUGCUGGGAAGAGGACUUUGAGGGGGAGAUCAACACCAGGCGGGUAAUCCAAUCAAAGCGAGCUUGUGCGGAGGAGUACGCUGCUCUGGUACAAGAGAUGUGUACCGCGGUAGGCAUUCACUGCGAAAUGGUUCGCGGGUACCUCAAGACGCCAGGCGAGAUUCCAGAACACAACAUCAUGCCUCGGGCAAACCACUGGUGGAACGCCGUAUUGGUCGACAAUGAAUGGCGUAUGGUGGACUGUUGUAUGGCUAGUUCAUCAUACCCAAGGCGGCAUCUCUAUUCCAGUGCUGGCAAUGGUGCAGCUGACUCUUGGUGGUUCCUUGCAAGGCCGACCGAGAUUUGCUGGACACAUAUCCCUGAGCACCACUCUCAGCAACACGUCUGCCCUCCGCAAGCACACGAGGUGCUUCUCAACCUGCCUUGCGCCUGCCCUCCCUUCUUCAAGAACGAUCUCGAGAUGGUCGACUAUAACACAGCGGCGACUCGCAUAGAAGACCUGGAGAUGGUGCAUAUCAAGUUUAACGCUCCAGCCGAUGUGGAGGUUGCAGCAGAGGUUGAGGUCCGAGGCUACACGAGGGAUGUGGACGGCGACGUUUUCGAGAGCGGUGAUGUGGUGAAGAAGAGGGCGCUGGCCCAAGCCGAAUGGUUCAACGGUAUCAAACGGUACACUGUCAAGGCUCUCCUUCCAGGCGACGAAGGCCAAGGAACCUUAAAGAUUUAUGCCGGCAAGCGUGGCCUGAUGCAUAGCAUCAAGGACAUCCCUCAUCCGGUGGCCUUCGCCCUUCCGAUCAUUCAUACGGGAGAGAACCCUCCCUAUGAGUUCGUGACAAGGCAUCCUACACCUCACGCCCAACGCCACGACAUUUAUGUUGUUCAGCCCCAAUGCCAACGUCUGGCUUUGAAUAACACCUUCGUCUUCGCGAUACGACAGCACCCUAGCUCUUUGGCUAGCAGUGGAUCGCCGAUGACACCAUCGUCGAACCCCGGAGGCGCAAGCCCAAUCCCGUUCGCGAGACCCAGCUCAGCCCUGAGUAUGACUGCGUCGAACGUCAGUGGAUCCAACGUCUCCGGGAACGGAUCAUCAGGGAAGAAGCCGGCGAAGCUUGCCAUUCAGACCCCCGGUGGCAAGAUUCUCCGUCUUAUGCGGAAGGAGGAUCGCCGGGGAAUCAGUGUCGGCAGCAGGGGGAUCGAUGAGGAGACCAGCGAUGGUGGUACGUGGGAGACCAUCAUCAAGUGUUCGGAGAAGGGAGUGUGGAGGGGUCUCGUCCUGGCAGACCGCACCGCUCGGUGGUGCGUCUUCGCCGAAUGGGUUUGCGUUGGUUGA